GAUAUCAUUCCCGGUCGUGCGAUGGAUGCGACGGAGAAUGACAUGCACGUGCAGGACACGGCGUCUGAUGCGGCAUCGUGCAAGCUAUCCGCCGUGCAACUUGGCUAUUGGGAAGAUUCGUUUGCGCACAUUUUCGCCAAGCCCAACAGGAAGAUGCCCAUUAUCAAUCGAGGGUAUUAUGCACGCGUGCGAAGCAUUGAAGUGCUUCUCCACCGGUUCCUCGCGUCGACAUCUCCCACGUCCUCUAGUGGGGACAGUCCAGCGCAGCAGCUUCCGUACACGCGACAAAUCAUCGUGCUGGGUGCGGGCCAGGAUUCCAUGUACUUUCGUCUCAAAUCGCGGCCCCGUGACAGUGUGUCGUUGGACCGCACGUUGUACAUCGAGCUCGACUUCCCCGCCAUCACGAGGUCCAAGGUUCGUCUUUGCCGGCGACAUAAGGCCCUGUCCGACGUCUUCGGCGCCGUGGAAACCAACAACGACAUGGAACUCAAGGCCCACGGGUAUGCUCUCCUCGCAUGUGACUUGCGGAACCUUUCGACAGUCCAAGCCAAAUUGCACGCCGCCGGCAUUCAGCCUUCCGUUCCCACACUGAUCUUGUCGGAAUGUGUCAUGUGCUACAUGGACCCCGCGGACUCUGCGCCCCUGAUCGGGUGGUUUGGCGCUGCAUUUGCCGACGCAACGUUUAUCGUAUAUGAGCAGAUACGCCCGAACGAUGCCUUUGGGCAGACUAUGGUGACCAACAUCCACAUGCGGGGCUGCGACCUCAAGAGCAUCUCCACGUACCCCGACGUCGAGGACCAGCGCCGCCGCUUCCACGCCGCGGGUUUUACCCAUGUCGAGUGCUGGGACAUGAACCAAAUGUACUAUGACUUUCUCGACCCCGUGGAACGCAAACAGUAGGACGACCUUCUAUACAGUGGUUGUGGUUAUAAAUAUAUAGGAAGGAGCGAUUGGAAAUGUUUGACGAAGUCGAAGAGUACCAUUUGCUACAAGCGCACUACUGCGUCGUGGUGGCGUCCACCACCCCCACCCCCGCCCUGCGCCUCGUCAAGACAGCCACACAGCACGACAACAACUACGAACGGCCGACCGCCCCCCCCCAUGUCACAUAUGGAUGACCACGACGAAAUAUAUGAGAUUGAACCGAUUCUAGUUGCUUAUAUUUUUACUUUUAUAAAAA